AUGGGAAUGGUUAGAAAGUUAAGCGAGCUUCGUUCCUCAAUACAUACAAAAUCGUGUGAAUUGAGUCGAGUCGAACUUGAUCUUAUGGCUGCACAAAGUUCACUUCUUCUCACACAUACACAAAUUGAGCGCCUUCGACUACAAUUGAGUGUUUAUGGAAGAAAGACGAAAAGAGCCGCCAGUUUUCAUGGGGAAGAUUUGCUUGAAAAAAUGGCUAAAAAGGAUCUCCACUUUUUACUUCCAUUCAAAUUACAAGGAUCACGAUUAGACAAUUUGCGAAGACAAAACAGGAAACAGAAUCACGGAUCACCAAGUUUGGAUAGUGAGAGAGCGCUGGAGCAUGAGUUCUUGAAACUCUUUGGAUAUGCGCAAUGCCUAGCUCAGUCUUGUGAUCGUCCAAAAGAAUGCGAGCAAAUAAAUCCCCAUUUUGAUGCAAUUAAUCGAGAUAUUCAAACUCCAUCAAUUCGACAAAGACAACGACCGCAUGGAUUGGGAAAUGGAAGAGAUAAAGAUAAUCAUCGACGGCCAAUUAGCCUAGUGGAACUCGAAGAAAGACGUCAAAAGAUAAUGGAAGAACAAAGGAGAAGCAUUCUAGUGAAAGCUCCGGAUAAAAAACAAGAUAAUGGUGUCGUUCAAUCACUCCAAGAUGUCGUCCAAUCGCUUCAAAACUCAACACGAAACCAAUCAAAUGCUCAUUUGAAUGAAACUAGGUUUAAAGUACCCGAUUCACCGAUCAUUGGCUACAGUGGAGAGAAUCGACGGGCACGAUUGGAGAAGCAACGAUCAAUCGAUGUUGAGGUCCUUCGACACUCCGAACUUCGCCGUCAAUUGUCCACAGAAAAGCCACCGUGUGAACCAAGACAAAGCCUUGAUCGAAAAUACGAGCGUCGAAUAGAAAGAGUGCCAAGUGAUCGACUGGAAUCACACAACAGAACAGAGAUCCGACAAGAACCUCAACACAAAGAGACCAUCGAACAAAAUGAAGAGAAACGAAAAGAUGACGCCGCUAAAGGCUGUCGACUUCAGAGAAGCGCUCCCGUCAGUCGAAUGAGGCCACCACAUACAACUUUUAGAACGAAACCCGCAGACAUUGGAAAUGUGAAUGGAGGACAAGGUGGACAACACGGCGGAUUUGCAGAGAUCUCUCAUCACAGAGAUUCGGGGUAUCGCGCCGUGAAUCGAACAAAGAUCCGACCACCAGAGGCAACGAUUCAUUCAAGUUCAAAUCGUCAUCCAUCGCCCCCAAUUCCUCCAUUUUCACCGACAUCACACACUCAUCCAAAUCAGAACCCCACCAGCUUACCAUCUCCAUCGCAGACAAUCUCCCGUCUUCCAAAGCCUGAGAAACGAAGCUGGAUCGAGCGGUUAAAGCAUAUCAAGAAA